UGGAUUUCCAGGAAGACCAGGACCUGAUGGAGAACAGGGUUUUGCAGGACCGAAGGGGUUUCCAGGAGAUCCAGCAGUCUACUACAUACAGUACCCUGGAAUACCUGGAGACGUUGGCCAAAGUGGACUUCCUGGUCGGCCGGUGAGAACAAACCUUUGACUUCAUUACAUUUGUGACACUUUUGCAUAUUUUACUUUCAAAACACAUGAACAGUUUUUUUUUUUUAAAUCUGAUGCAUUUGAUUUAUAUUAAGCAACACAACAUCUGCUUUUUGAGUAGUUUUAGUCUUUGACGGUGCAUUUGUGACAAAAUGUGCUAAAUAUAUAUAUAUUUUAACCUGUUUGGUGCCUUGCUCAGGGGCACUUCAGCAGUGCCUAGGAGGCAAACUGGCACCUCUCCAGCCACCAGUCCACAGUCCAUAUUUGGUUCGGAAGGGGACUUGAUCCGGCCACCUUCUGGAAUAAGCUUUUUUUGCACAAUGAGUAUUUGUACUUGUGUCAGUGGUGUGUAAUGUUACUGAACAGUGUCUCGGUCUGCAGGGUGAACGGGGUCUGCCUGGUCCGAUGGGAAAUGUGGGUACUGCAGGAUUGGAUGGGACUAACGGUCUCCCUGGUCUACCUGGCUCCAGAGGUCUACCUGGAGAAAAAGGUCGAUCUCUGCCCGGACAGAAAGGAGACGAGGGGGAUCAGGGCCUCCAGGGGCCUCCGGGACCGUUUGAGUACGUCGACCCUCCAGAAGACCUGUACAUUAAAGGAGAACAGGGUCCUCGAGGGCCUAAAGGAGUCUGUGGAAGUCAGGGACUGCCGGGUUUGGACACUCUAAAGGGGAUAAAAGGAGAGAAGGGGAUUGUGGGAUUCCCUGGACCCAGGGGAACUUCUGGUUACCCUGGCGUGCUCGGAGAGAAAGGAUUCAAGGGAAUCCGAGGAAUUCCGGGUCUCCCAGGUCUGAUUGGAAGAGAAGGUCCUAAGGGCAUGAUGGGAAAUCCGGGUCCUAAAGGCCUCCCUCAUGAAGCAGAAGUCACACACACAGGUGACGUUGGAGACCCCGGAGCUACUGGACUGAGGGGCUCUCCAGGGGACAAAGGGCUGAUGGGAAUGCAAGGCCCCCCAGGAGCCCCCGGCAGAUCCAUACCUGGACGGGCAGGUAUUGUGGGUGAGAGGGGAGUUCGAGGAUCCAGAGGGGACAGAGGAGAUCCAGGUCCAGUGUAUUUAAACGGUCCAACACCUGGAGAACCUGGAAAACCAGGACGCCCAGGAGUCAAAGGACUAAAGGGAGAACCAGGGGUUCCAGGUACUUACUGUCUUCCCGGGGCUCCAGGAGAGUCUGGCGAUCCAGGUGAUCAGGGGCCACCGGGGUCCCAGGGCUUCCAAGGGUUUAAAGGUAGUCCUGGUGACUGUGCUUGUGGCCCCCCAUUUGUAUUGAGGGGUCCCCCCGGCAAUGUGGGUGACCUGGGGUCUCCAGGGUUUCCAGGAGCCCCAGGGGCUCCGGGGCAGAGAGGAGAGAAAGGUUUACCUGGAGACACAGGUGUGCGUGGACAACAGGGUCUGGGUGGAUUUCCAGGUGUCACAGGGUUCAAAGGUCAGAAGGGAGAUUUCACUGUGGUGGAUUUUAAAGGUGAGAAAGGAAACAGGGGCCAGCAGGGCCCUGCAGGCGGACAAGGAUUCUCAGGGAGACGAGGACUGGAUGGGCCCGUGGGGCCCCCUGGAAACCUCGGCCCACCGGGUGAUAGUUUCGCCAGUUCUACUGGAGACAGAGGCUUCCCAGGACUCUCAGGGCCAAAGGGAUUACCAGGACCUUCAGGCCCCCCCGGGCGAGGUGUAGUCGGAGCAGUAGGACAGCGUGGGGCCCCUGGUGACCCAGGACCUUCAGGACUCCCUGGCCCCCCAGGGCCGAAGGGGGUUAGAGGUGAUACUCUGCCCUGUGUACCCAGAAACCCUGGCGCUCCCGGAGAGAAAGGGGACCCUGGAAAUCCAGGUUACCCAGGACUCCCGGGUCCUCCAGGUUUUCGUGGCAUCACUGGACCUGAUGGAGCUAAAGGAGACAAAGGACAACCUGGACUUCCUGGACUACCUGGACGACAAGGACCUCCAGGUAUUACUGGAGAUACCGGAGAAGAAGGACGUGAAGGCGACAGUUAUGGCGGAGAGCCAGGCUCUCCAGGGCUCCCAGGCUCUCCUGGACUCAGGGGCCCAGCAGGAAACUCUUUUGUCGGGCCCUCAGGACCCAUUGGCUUCCCAGGGCGACCAGGCUCUCAGGGGCCUAAAGGAGUACCUGGCCCCCCCGGCAAUGAUGGACUACCAGGACUCCUGGGUCUGGCUGGGGGCCCUGGCCCAAAGGGCCAGAGAGGACAUGAUGGGGCCCCAGGUGAACGUGGCCCCCAGGGGCCCACACGUGAUUUCUGUGAUGCAGGAAAACCUGGUCCCAGAGGCCUUUUGGGCCCUCAGGGGCCCAUAGGACCCCCAGGUUUUCCAGGGGAGAAAGGUGCGAUUGGGGAGAAUGGUCCUCCAGGUUUUGGCCCUCAAGGCCCUCAAGGGAAACCAGGCACUCCAGGUUUCCCGGGGUACCCAGGGCUCCAGGGCCCCUCUGGCCCCAUUGGAGACAUUGGACUACCGGGGCCCAAUGGUCCAAAAGGUCUGAUGGGGCCCCGGGGCCAGGAAGGAGGGCCAGGGGCCCCUGGACUGCCUGGGGCCCUUGGAGCCCCAGGGAGGACAGGGGAGAGAGGGGUGAAUGGACGAGAUGGAAGCCCAGGAUGUGAGGGCCGGAAAGGAGAGAAAGGCUGUAAAGGGGCCCCGGGGCUUCCAGGAGAGACUAAGUUUAUCUCCAUCAAAGGAGGAAGAGGAGGAGAAGGACCCUCGGGCAUCAACGGAUUUCCUGGACCACGAGGAAAUAAAGGCGUGCGAGGAGCUACCGGUAAGCCAGGCUAUUCAGGCGUCAACGGACCCCCAGGCAUCGUAGGACUCCCAGGACCCCCAGGGCCCUACGGCAAACCAGGACCUCCUGGAGUGCCUGGACGUACAGGACAGCCAGGAUUCAUCGGCUUCCCCGGAGAGACUGGAGAUCCAGGUGACCUGGGAUGUCCGGGCAAAGAUGGAGAGCCUGGGCGGCAAGGAUUUACUGGACUCAAAGGUGAUAAAGGAGACUCUGUUGGUUGUUCUGGUCCACCUGGAGACAAGGGGCCUCCUGGAGACUUAGGGCCCUCAGGACCUCCUGGACCUCAAGGAGAUCCUGGAGGACCUGGUGUCAACGGGGCUCUGGGACAGAGAGGAUGCAAAGGAGAUCCAGGCCAGCAGGGAGACCUCGGCGAACCAGGUGUGGUCGGUCCCUCAGGUCCCAGAGGUCGUUCGGGUCUUCCAGGUCUUCCUGGUAAAGCCGGCGCUGAUGGUCCACCAGGACCGCAGGGCUCCCCGGGCCUCCAAGGUCCUCCUGGACCACUUGGACUUCAUGGACUGGACGGACUGAAAGGAGUGAAGGGGGACAUGGGGACCAGAGGUCUGGGUGUGCCGGGUCCUCCAGGUUCUAAUGGUCUUCCAGGGGAUAAAGGUCCUCCAGGUCCUCCGGGACCCAUGGGUUCAUCCCAGCCCGGACCACCAGGACCCACAGGCCCACCAGGACCCAAAGGACCUCCAGGGGUUUUUGGACCUCCAGGUAAAACGGGACCAGACUGUAAGAGUCCAAUCCCAGGGCCUCGUGGAGAUCCUGGUUGUACUGGGCCAGAUGGAGAGCCAGGGUGUGCUGGUGAGAUGGGGGAUCCAGGUCCGAACCCUCCCGUGCCUGGAGAUGAUGGGGACAAUGGGGCUAUUGGGUGCCAGGGGCCCAUUGGCCCAAAAGGAUCUCCGGGGCCCAGAGGACUGCCAGGCAUCCCUGGAAAUCCAGGAGUUAAAGGCUUGCGGGGGUCUCCAGGUCUGAUGGGACUACCUGGCAGUCGGGGUCCUCAAGGUUGUACUGGUGCAAGUGGGCCUCCAGGACCAAAGGGAUAUGCAGGACCUAUGGGUCCAAAGGGGGAGAAGGGACGUGUCUCCCCCUGCCCCGAUUAUCCUCCCGCAACACAGGGCCCUCCAGGACCUCCCGGCUUGCCUGGUCAGCCUGGAGAUGUCGGCGUCAAGGGAGAAAUCGGCCGGGUGGGACCAAAAGGUAGGAAGGGGGACAUCGGGCCUGAGGGACCGAUAGGCCUUGAAGGGCCCGCAGGUCUAGAUGGAGACCGAGGAGUGCCAGGCCUGCCAGGGGAGAAUGGAAUAGUGGGAGCCAAAGGUGAUCAGGGUCCGAGCGGUGACCCCGGUCCUCCUGGACCAACCAAAAACUUGAACUCGGGCUUCCUGUUGGUGAUGCACAGCCAAUCAAAGACAGUACCCUCCUGUCCACUAAACAUGAGGGUCCUGUGGAUCGGAUACAGUCUGCUGUACCUGGAGGGUCAGGAGAAGGCUCACACUCAGGACCUGGGUCAGGCUGGGUCCUGUAUGCGGGUCUUUUCCACCAUGCCAUUCUCCUCCUGUAACAUGGGAACCUGCUCUUACGCCAGUCGUAACGACAAAUCCUACUGGCUGUCGACGACGGCAGCCGUCCCUAGUAUACCAGUGGGCGGAGCCUCCAUUGAAGAUCACAUCAGCCGCUGUGUGGUGUGUGAAGCCCCCUCCGCACCUGUCGCUCUGCACAGCCAGACCUCCAAUCAGCCAGAAUGCCCCCCCAGCUGGAGGAGCCUGUGGACCGGAUACUCCUUCCUCAUGCAUACAGGUGCAGGUGACGAGGGCGGCGGCCAGUCCCUGACAUCAUCAGGUAGCUGUCUGACAGACUUCAGGGCCCAGCCCUUCGUGGAGUGUCAGGGGCCUCGAGGAACCUGCCACUACUUCGCCAACAUCUACAGUUUCUGGCUGACCAGAGUGGAGAAGACCACCUCCAACUCCAAUAGCUCCUCCACCACGCUGACCGAGGGCUGGCAGCAGAGGGAGAGCAUCGGGAGGUGCAACGUCUGCAUGAGGGGUUGAGGGGGAGCACCUCCUCCUUCUCCUCCUCCUGCAGAGCCUGAGAGGACGGACAAGACGAGACUCGUCUGUUUGUCUCUGUGAGGAGAGACCGUCAUGUUAAAGAUAACGCUGCCAAUCAAUCAGUCAGUCCUGUUCAGAUCAUCAGGAGUGACUAAGUGCAGCACAAACGUCACAGCAGACAGAUGAACUGGGGUUGUCUGAUGUCAGUUUGUAGUCAGGAUGUUUGAUCUCCACCCAGAAGUCAAAGAUCAGAUAUAAAACCUCACCAGCUGUGGGAUCACUGGGCUCGUGUUCAUGUUUGGAUCAGCAGGUAAAACCUUCUUAGAUUUUAUUGUAAACAAAAUUUCCACCGGACAAAACAGAGUCAGGAGGGGAUUUGGAUUUAUUCAGAUUCAUUCAAAUUUAAAUUCCAGAUAAACGUGUUAAAAACACAAUUUUGAAAAGCAGAUUAGCUGUUUAAAAAUGUAUUUCUGAUGUGAAUUUGUCAAACAAAGCUUCAGUUUACAGCUCGCUGUUCAGUCAGUUAACAAAACUACUUACUUAGUGAAGUGAACUCUACUAUAUUUUAACAUUAACAGCUGUAUUUUGGAAAAGUUUGAUGACUGUCAUGGUAAAGCAGCUUUAUUUUUACCUGCAUGAGUCCAGUUGGUGCUGAUUUUUUACCUCUCCAGUGGCUUAACAUUUUAACAUUUUACUGUUCAUUCAUCAGUGUUGUAGGCCGAAAAUUCUCACAAUCUCCAAUAUGAAAAUGUGUGGCCUAUUCACCGAAUAAAAAAAAGUUUUACUUUCUGUCAACUAAAAUGUGCGUCAUACGUCUACGACCUGGCACCUUUAUUCCCUUAAGUCUCUCUAGCUUGGCUCGGUAGAGGUUCCAAAUCCCAAAAGUAAGUGUCAGAGGAAAAUAGAGAAUUUAAUAGUGUGUGGACACAGAUUAGUUUGCUUUCAUCGCCACCGCUGCAAAGUUAAAGCACCAAAUAAUUUUAAAUAGCUACCUGCAGAGUCGCCACCUUGUGGUAAAACAUAUUAAUGAAUGCUCAUGUCGACCUAUUUGUAAUAUUGAUAGGUUAGUUUAGACUUAACAGGCGAUGUUAGCGUCAGGAUUAGGCUAAAAUAUGUUUUGCAGCUUCAGAUUUAUAUUUAUUUUUAUUGUUAAUAUUAUUAUUUUGGCCAAAAAUGUCUCUUUUGAUAGUGAAGGUGUCAGACUCCUGUUUUAGGGUGAGAGUAUUAACAGACGAGAGGUCUAAAGAUUUUUGGGGUAAUAAAUUGGCAUCUUAAAUCCUCCUGUGACCCUGCGUCCUCAUAUGAGGACAUCACAUUUUUGAUUGCUGCACCUCACACUUUGUCCUGCUUAACUUAGACCUGUUGCCCUCAUUCGUGGACACUUCUUUGUGCCAUCUCGUGGUAGUAAAAGCACAGUACACUAAUCCAUGUAAAAAACAAGAUGGCAGCCAUCUCUGCCAAGUCAGUCUGCACUAGCUGAUCCUGACACAAAAGUGGACAAGGUCCAAAACCUGAUCAAAUUUCAUGGUUUAAACUUGUUUAUUUAUGUUUUAUGAAGUUUGUAGUUUGAUGUGGCAUCAAAUUUGAUCAACUUAGCAACAGUAACAAGCUAAGACGGUGUUGAUUACGACAUUGGACUUUAUUAUCGCAGCAUUUCUCUCAGGCCAGUUGGGUGUUACAGACUGUUCCUACAGACAAAAACACAUUCGUAUGGAGCAAGGAAAUUUCAUACAACAUUACAAGAGGAACAAAUCACAAGGCUUUUAGAUAUAGUACAUUAUUUGCCAUUUUGUUUUUGCACAGUUGUGUUCAGGUGUUGAAAUGAACAGUUUCAGUCAGUGGUAGACCUGAACAGUGACCCCUAACCCACAGAGUUACAAAACAUUGAACAAAUGUUGCAUUGAUUGUAAUUUUGUUUUAACACAACAAUGUUCAGACACCUAAGUAAUCAGUUUUAUAUUUGUUACACACUUGUGAGCAUUUAAAAUAAACUCAUUAUCCAUGUAUGAGGACACUGUUUUUAAAAAACCCACUUGCUGUUAAAAGAUAAUGCUUCA